GAGCCGGCCUAGCGAUUAGCUUGCUCCGCACUUGUUAGCGACGUAAGGUUUGACAGGUUCAAGGACAAAGUAACUAUGCGCCUUUUUCACUUCAUCGCAUCAGAAACAACAUUAGAACCUAGAGGACGACGACUGAAAUUAGGCACAUUGGUUACGACCGCGGGGAAAUAAACGUUACUCAUGUCAAGCUUGAAACAUAAGACAAGAACAAUUCCUAUCGCCCCGAAGGAUGCGCCACGACGACGCCACUAACGACUCUGAGGAUGAUCGGUUGAGGACGAAGGAUCCGUUCGAGGAUAGCGGUUAUGUAGCGAAUCCUUUUGCAGAGGCAGACGACGAGUUGUGCAUUAAUGACUGGUAUGGUUACAACAUGCCCCAAGAAGCGAUCAAAGAGCACUUGUUUCAAGAUAAUCGCGACGGAUGUUUUAUUAUUACAAAUUCAUCUACGGAGGGAAUUCCAUAUAUCUUAUCAAUUUUCGUGAGAAGACUAACAAGCGAAAAAAUGCGGCUGUUCGACGCAAAACAACCUCGCGAUGUUGCCUGCGGAACCACUACUAGUAAUUAUAUAAUAAAACACAACACAAUUUUAGAACAUCCCAAAAUACUACAUUAUCCCGUGAGGAGAAACUUCGCUGGAAGAAUAUACAUUAUAGAACGACGGAGCUUUGGAUCUCUCAAAGAACUUAUUGAGUAUCACCAGCAAUACCAGGAUAUUCUACCAGCUCGACUCAAACUUCCUCGAACACUUGCCCAUUACGAAAUUAACCCAUCGCGCGUGAAACUCAAGGAGAAGCUAGGAUCAGGCGUGUUCAAAGCAACAUAUCGAGUUGCCUUCGAGAAGGCGACGAUUAUCGCUGUCAGAAUGCUACCAGACCAUUUAAGCAGCGAUGAUUUUUUCCAAGAGGCGAAAAUGAUGAUGAAACUUCAUCAUCCAAACUUGUUACAGUUUAUUGGGGUGUGUUCAAGAGGAAGCCAAUCUAUGAUCUUGACUGAGUAUAUACCACAUAUGACCCUGGCCAGUUACCUACGUUUGUCGUGCAAUAAAAAUAAGGAUCCACGCUUUUUACUUAACCUCUGCGCACAGGUAUGUUCGACUAUGAGCUAUCUUGCAAUGCGCCGUUGCAUUCACAGGAACUUAGCAGCAGAAAACUGUUUCAUAGAAAAUGGUAAUGUUGUCAAGAUUGCCCAUGUUGGACGUAAGAGGAAAUCUAUUGUGAACAAAUACACACUAUUCGGAGAUAAGAAAAAGCAUUUUGCAUGGUUAUCUCUUGAGGUUCUUGAGCAGUCGCGCUUCUCUCAUGAGUCCGACGUUUGGGCAUUCGGUAUUCUUAUGUGGGAGGUAUUCGCCUUCGGCAAGCAUCCUUAUGGUAGCCUGGAUUGUGACGCCGUCAUAGAUUUUCUUCAGACUGGCAAUAGGCUAGACAGACCUGACAAUUGUCCCCUGGAAGUUUACGAUAUGAUGCAGCUCUGCUGGGACAGGAAUCCGAACAACCGGCCCACAUUCGCACAAUUGCAGGAUCAAUUCAUGGAGCUAGGAAAAGAGGAUACCCAAACUAGUCUAAAUGACUGACGAGCAAUAACAGGCAGACAACAGUUUAACAAGUCAGGAUUACAGGCGACAGGUUAUAGCAGGUUAACAAGUUAAGAAUACCCAUAUACCCAAUAAUAACAAGUUAACCCUUUUAAAAAUAUUCCUUCUUUUGAAUUUUAUGUUAUGCAUAGACGUAUCGGACUCUUAAGCAGCAAUCAGUCGUGCUCUCAAAACUUUACGAUAUAAAACGUAUCUACCCCGCCUCGGCUUUAAUUAAGCAGGUGUUUUUCAACUGCAACCCUUUUAGCAUAAGAAUAGUUUGUAAUGUAUAUCCAGGACUUUUUGAAUAAACACCCUGAAGGUUUAGACACGGUGUCAUGAUAUGUAAUGUUAUAAUCUAGCAUAUAUAAUAAAAUAUUAGACAUGAUGAAAAGUUAACGAAACUAGGACAUAUGAUCUGUAGUUUGUAUCGUAUUGAUGCACCCAAGAGACUAAUAGUUAUAUACAUCGUCACUCAUUUCGAAACCAUGUUUGACCAGGCAGAACUUCGAAUGAGCUUAGUUUGGCGCGUACGUCAUAAAAUUAUUGACGAUGAAGCUAUAUGCAGCAUGUACAGUUCAAGCGUUUAAUAAAAGAAUCCAGUAUGCUCAGUAAUGGUUAAAGCACACUGGCACUCGUAAUGUGUAACACAUUCUACACGUACACAAAUGCAUCAUCACAAUGGCGCUGUUGCUACUGUCGAUGAUGCUAUUUCGUUCAAGUAGUGUCUGGGGUGGUUAGUGUAUGUUCUAGGGAGGAUACUUUCCUGCUAGACAGCCUACGCUAGAUUUUUUGCUAACAAGAGCAUCAUGAUGUGGCCACUGAAGCUUGAUUCUAGCCCUCAACAACUGAAAUGGUCUACUCCAUUGUUUUUACGUUUCAAAGAUACUUGAGUUGACGACAGCUCUCUAGCAACGGUUUCCCUGUCGUUCUUUCGCUUCAGCGGCAAGGCUUACCACCGUGGGUGGUAUCAAGUCAACUCAUCUCGAGAGUGCCGCCUACUUUGUCUUUACCUAUUCAACUAAACUUUACGUAGCAUUAUCACAGCGAUUGUUCUUAUCGUCUGCUACCAGUGAUGGCGAAUCUAAAGCCAAGGCCCCAGUUGUUCAACGGUAAAUCAUAAAUAAUAAUAACAGCUUCGGCACAGUGUCAAGAGCUAGAGGAAACCAACGGAACAAAUAUUAGGAUGAAAUUAUUCAAUUUUGAGCUAUGGUCGACACGACGCGUCACUCGCUAUG